UACAAUCAUAUUUUCGUUUUAAUCUCAUUAUGACAACACAGGUUUGGUUUUCUCGUCGUCUCUCGGUCAAACUUUUAGCAACAUGACCGUAAAGUGGCAAACACAUGGAGGUUUGAACACAACUUUUUCCGUACACGUCACACUGGCGCGAAAUAUGCAGCCGGAAGUGACCCCCCGACAGUUCAAGCUCUCAGAUGUGAUUUUGUAAUAUUUUGUUAUUGUCCAGCCGCAGCACAAGAUAUCGAUUUAACACAAGGAAAAGAAAAUUUAAGUAACGUUUAACGCUGUCAUGUCUACUUCGUCUGUGUCAAAGGGCUGCUUUGUGUUCAAGCCCAGCGCGAAAAAGAAAAAGAGGACUCUUGAUGUGGGGGAUUAUUUCAUCGACGGCUGUGAGGGCUCAGGAAACAGUGAGCUGCGAUUCAAACUUUGUCAGAGUUUGUGGGAUAAAAUGAAAACAGAGACAGAGGUUUUACAGGAUGAACUCAACAGGAAGAUACUGGACAGGUUGCUGGAGUUCGCCGGGAGGCCCUCCUCCACUUUCCAGCACGGUGCAGAUGACUGGGCAGCCCGGAUGAGGGCCAGCGAGAUCCCCACGGCGGCUCUUGUGCUUGGGGUGAAUGUUCCUGACCAUGACAUGACCUUCCAGAGUCUGUCUGACCUCCUCCGGCAGUCUGUGACUCCUCAUGUGGCUUCGGUGCAGGCCAAAGAGUGCGGAGCUUUGAAGCAUCUCAUGCAGAGGGUUCUGGAGAGGCUGAUGGGCACUGUUGUGUCUGUGGACGAGGAGGAGGAGGGCGACGAAGAGGCCGAGCACGCCAGCACCCAGCUCCACAAUAAGAGAGUGCACUGCUCCCUCGGGACACUGUGUGACUGGUACAAGAGCAAAACAAAGAGAUCCAACAAUGGUACUCCAAAUAAAAAGCGUAGUUCUCAUGUCAGAGACGAGCAGCCUCAGCCGCCGGUUGUCAUUAUCUUCAAAGACUUGGAGGCCUUCAACCCCAGAGUGCUCCAGGACUUCAUUCUCAUCUGCAGCCGCUACGUCGAACACCUUCCCCUGAUGUUCAUCUUUGGCAUUGCCACAUCGCCCAGCACCAUCCAGCACAUUCUGCCCCACUCUGUGUCUUCCCUGCUUUGUAUCGAGCUCUUCCAGUCCCUGUCCUGCACGCAGCACCUGUCCACCGUUAUAGACAAGUUGAUCCUGACGCCUCAGUUCCCUUUCAAGCUCAGUGGGAAGGUACUGCAGGUGCUGGUCGGCAUCUUCCUGUACCACGACUUCUCAGUCAGGAACUUCAUCAAGGGCCUGCAGUUGUCGCUGUUGGAGCACUUCCACUCCCAGCCUCUCAGCGUGCUGUGCUGUAGGAAGAAGGAGGCGCUGGCUAACGUCCUGCAGCUCAGUCACCAGGACCUGGAGAGCGUCAGGCAGCUGCCCUCAUUCAGGAGGUAUGUAGAGAGGCAGGAACCUCAGGAGCAGGUGAAUCUGUUGACUGACGACACCCAUAUCAAGGGAGUCUGCCAGAAGCUGAUCAAAGGCCUUCGCAAAUACCACAAGAACUUUUACCCCAUCCUAAGGUGUCUCCACACUCUGACCUCAUCAUUACCCAAGUACCCCCUUGGGAAACAGAUCAGGGAGCUGUAUAUAUUAUGCCUGGAGAAGAAUGUAUGGGAGAAUGAGGAGUAUCAAUCAGCCAUGCAGCUUCUCAGGAUGCUGGCGAGAGAUGAGCUGGUAGCCUCGCUGCAGACGUGUGCUGAGAUCCUGAAGCCUGUCAAGGCCAAAAAGAUGAGGAAUGUUCUUGACCAACUGGAGGAUCUGCUUGCAAAAUUUAAACAGCUGGACAAGGUGUCUGGUGAAACUGCUGCCAAUGGGGAAGAAAUCACUUCUCCUGAGAAAGGCCUCCAGAAGAAAACAGAUCUGUUCCAGUUGCAGAAGACUCUGCUGGAAAUGAAAGAAUCACGGAGAUCCAAGAAAAUGAGUCCAUUUGAGAUUCUGCGAAAUGAAGCUGUUGACUUUAUUGACAGUUUAGUAAGGUGUUACCUGGCGCCCCCGGAGUCUCAGCCCCUGAACGAGGUGUGCUACUACAGCUCUUCUGCUGUGGUGAGACGCCACCUCAACGCCACACCUCGCACCUCCAUUCAGACUGCACUCAGCAACCCCUACCACUAUCUUCAGAAUGACACCCUGAGGUCUGAGGAUGGGACAGUCUCUAAUGCUGCUCCUGAUAUCUGCAUUGUGCACAAACUCCAUCUGGAAUGUGGCCGGCUCAUCAACCUGUACGACUGGCUGGAGGCCUAUGCCACCGUGGUUUCCGCUGCUGAGGGAACACAUCCAGACUCGGAUGAAUUCGGGAAAGUGGAUGAACUGAAGCAUGCUCGUUUCAUCCAGGCCGUGUCCGAGCUUGAAUUUCUGGGUUUCAUCAAGUCCACCAAGCAGAAGACUGACCACGUGGCUCGACUCACCUGGGGAGGCUGCUGAUUUAAGUCUCCAUGAAUCCUUGUAGUCUUGUAUUUAUGUGUCCUUUGUCCCUUCAUUUCAGUUACAUGUAGAAAACUAAAGCACAUUAUUCACCAAAGCAUGGUGCAAAUGCAAUAAGAGGAGACAGUGUGUAAAGGUGGACUUAAGAUUGACAUUUUGUACUGUACUUUUUUUUCUAAUAAAAUAUACCUGGUUGGUGUCUCAACAAGC